ACAGUCCGACAGUGUAGUCCCACUGGUAAAACAAAGAAGAAAAGGAUUGCACCAGGAGCUGAAGUUAUCACUUUUCAAUAUGCCAUCUAUAAAGAAAAAGAUUUUAAAGGAAACAAGAAUAAUAAGGAGAAAGCAAAACGAAAAAGCAUUGUCAACAUAAAAAGGGCUUGGUAAUGAAAAGUAAAUCUUCCAAACAAAGUGCUGUUACUUUAUUCGAAAUGGCAUCUCGGAAUGUUGUGGAAAAAAAUCCCUGAUUGCUCAUGUGGGUAACAAGAAAAAAAGGCUGGAAGUUGAAUCAGCAAGUGAAGAAAGUGAAACUGAAAUAGGCCUAUCGUUAAUAAGUAGCGAUGAAGAAAAUGGGACCAUAAUAACACUGGACAAUAUCAGGAGAGAAAUGAUAAACUGUGAAGAAGAAAAAUAGGCAAACUUUUUUGAAGCCAAAGAUAAAAUUACAGUUGGAAAAUAUGUUCUGGUAGCUUUUGCAACAAAAUGUAAGAAAGUUCAUUUUAUUGACCAAGUUACCAAAAUGAGUGAUUUAGGAGAUCCAGAAGUGAUUUUCCUCAGAUGCAAAAAUAAGACAAAGCAUGGCACCACUUUCUACUGGCCUGAUAGAAGAGAUGAGAUGGAAGUUCCAUCCUCUGAUGUCAUUUCAGUGCUGCCUGAGCCUACUUUGAGUCGCAGGUUAAAUGGAAAACACUGACAGUAUAGGUGAACGGUUAACAGAUGGAGAAGAUAGUGACUCUGAAGUGGAUGACUCGAAUAACAUGAUGGAAGACAGCUCUUCAGACGAAAUGAACUCAGAACACAGGAAGACAGUAGAGACAAAGUCUGAUUUGUGUGACUCCCCCAUUUCAAAAGCAAGUAAUCACCACAUUCCAAAGAAGAAAUCAGGUGUCAGCUGUUCCAGCAAAGGAAUUAGUAAAAAAUCUCACUGUAAGCCUUCGACUUCUUCAGCAGCUACAAAAGUGCUUCUGGCUGAAGAACUAACAGAAGAACAAGUGAAGGACAAAAAACUUUUAAAAGAAAAGUAUAAAAAUACUAAAUUCCAAGAGAAACUUCUACUAAUGGAAUUAAAAAAUAUGGAAAGAAAGAUCGAAAUGUUCAAAAAGUCUCAAAAACUUUGAUUCAGGUGUUUCUGGAAGUGUAUUUCUGAUUUUCUAAGUUAUUGCUUUAGUUUCAUAAAACAAGAAAACCAUUUUUUAUUUCUCAUUAAUCUAAUACCAUUACUUGUAAAUAAAAGCAUAUUGUUUAAAACAUCAUUUGAAGUGUAUUGAGUUUUUACAAAAUCACACUGACAAUACUGUCCUUAUUUGUGAACUUCAGUUUUUCUUUUUAAUUGAUGAUUACACUCAAAGUGUUUUUAUUAUUGAAUGUUGGAAAUAUUGUAAAUUUUCCCUUUGAGUUUGUAUUACAUUUCAUCUUAGAAUAAUUAUUGAAUGGGGUGAGAUAAAAUUUGUAUCUGAAUUUUAUUUUAUUAGUCCGUCCAAAGACCCUAAAUGUUUUGUAUAAGAAAUUGAAGUUCUCUAUAUUUUUAAGGGCAACAUGACAUGUAUUUUGCAUAAGAUACUGUCAAAGUGGGCAAGUUCAUUGUAUUUUUUACAUCAGAGUAAAGUUUUUUAUGGCAAAAACUUAUAAUGGGGGUAUCAUAUUUCUGACAGUUAGUUUUUUUUUAUUUUUUUUUUAUUUUUUACAUAUGAGUUGUGUUAGUCAGCACAUAAUUUUCAACUAGCACACAGCUGUAGUUAGUUUUGAUAGAAUUGUACACAGAAGUGGAAAAAGUUAUAUUUUUUGAUAAAGCAGAAACAUCUUAAAAGUUUGAAAUGUGACCAUUAAAAAAAUAUAAAUGAAAUUUUGACUGGAUGGUUUAAUAUUUUCAGUCAGUUGUCUUAAGUAUAACAUUCUUGUAACUUCUUCUUAGCCUCACAAUUGUUGAAAAAGUUGUUUUGUGAAAUAGUUGCACAUAAAUGUCUAGACUAGUUCUGUUUGCAGUAAAACUACAUUUUCUCAAACAUUUAAAUUUGCAGUAACAAUUUUUAACAGCCAUAUCAGAUUAUUAAUACAAUACUUUUUAUGGCCAAUUAAAAAAAAAAACUUAAAGAAAUGGAAGUAAAGUAAUAUUUAUCUCCUAAACAUUGAUAUCCAUCAUUAGUCUUUAAAGCCCAAUAUAGCUGCUGGAUAUUUCAAGUUUAUGAAAGAAAGAUCGCCACCUAUUCACCAACAUGUUUUAACCAAUUAAUUGCAAGGGAAUUUAUCAAAUAGUGAUGAAUAUGUAAAAUAAAAGCUUUCAGUGUUUUUUA